GAAUAUAGUGAAAACUAUAUACCGUGCAAGAUGUCGGUGUGAUUGUUGUUUCGUGAUGAACCCAUUAGGCCGAGAAUAUUGUAUUUUAUCCCGAAAUGACUUGCUUGUUGUGGCAAAAAUAUAUUAAAUUUUGGCCUAAAGUAGUGAGUGCAACGUGUUCUAAUAUUAUCCAUUAUCUGGCAAUCAAUUAAUUUUGUUAGUAAAUUUUUAUACGAGACUUUUGUAUUUUUUUUUUUUUUUUUAAUUAUUUUACUUUUAUUUUUUUUUUUUUUUUAAAUAGACUAAUAUUUAAUUCUUGAAGAAGUGUUUUUGUCAGUGUGUGUAACCACCAAUAGAGAUUGAAGAAGCAGUAGGGUCACAAACUGACGAAACCAAUCGACUUUUUUUACACACAAAAAAAAGUAAAUUAAAAUACAAUACGGAGAACGAGUAUUUAUAAAUAUAAAUAAAAAAACUAGUGAAGUGACUGCAAUUGAAUAAAUGACUUAAAUAAAUUAAAUGUAAUAACGUGUUAAAGUGUAGUAUAAAAUCAUAAAAUAAAUAAAUUGUUAUGGGAGCAAAAACAAGUACCGUAGCACAGGCUACGGGUGGGAAUGGACAGUCUUCCACCGGUUCAACAGCAACAAAUGAUUCAACCGCUACGACAAUGCAGGGUUUUUCAAUAUUACGUUCUCUACCUGGCGGUGUUAGCUUACUGCAGCAUCAUAAUCAACAGAAUAAUCAAACACAAUCGUCUCGAGUUGCUGGUGACAAUCGACAACGAGCUAGAUCUUUGAGUUCAGUGCCAGAUUUGUCGGGGGAGCAGGCAGCUAACCUGGCAAACACUGUUGGUUUGAAUGUUGGACAAGCGCUUGGAUUAGGUAAUCUUGAUUCUGACGACGGUGAUGAGGACAGUGGUAGAGUUUAUGCCACCCACAGCUUGCCUUCACACAUCUGGUCUUUCAAUGGUCUCAAAUGCCCUGUUUGCUCCAAAUUUAUUCUACCAGAUGACAUUGAAUGUCAUUUGGUGAUGUGCCUGACAAAACCACGUCUUAGCUACAACGAGGAUGUAUUAGCCGAUGAGAAAGGAGAAUGUGUUAUUUGCCUGGAGGAUUUACAACCAGGUGAUGUGAUAGCCCGCUUACCUUGUUUAUGUAUAUAUCACAAAAACUGCAUUGAUAAAUGGUUUCAAGUAAAUCGCAGCUGUCCUGAACAUCCUGGUGAUUGAUUUGCAGUCGACGAAAUUAAAAGUAAUUUAAACAUAAUUAAAAUUAUAUAUAUUUAAAAAUAAAGUAAAACGAAAUAAACUCAAAAAAAUAAGUGAAUUAAGUAAUUGGUAAACAAACAAAAAACAGCAAUGAAAAUUAAAUGUUGAGCUUGAAGACCAAUUGAUAAAUUGUAAAAGGAGUGAUAGGAAAAGUGAGAUGAGGGGUUAAAAAAAUACAUAUUUAACUAGUCAAGGGUGGCCGCUAGUCUGCGAUGGUGAUUUCUAUUCGUAAACGUGGCGUUCGUUUGAUUAUAAAUAUUUAAAUACUAAUAAUAAUAAUAGUAACAAUAAUAAUAAAAAACUAAAAAUAUAAAUAAAUACAAGACUCGACUUGAAUAAAAUAUUCAUGGUAAAAUAAGUAAAUAAAAUAAAUAAACAAUGGGCAGAUAUAAUUAAAUUAAGAAUUUAUGAUUUUUAAUAAUAAUAAUGGGACAACGCCAUACCCUUCAACAUUACUCUGUUGAAUUAUCUUAUAUGUAUAUGUACCUAUAAUUAUUAAUUGUUGUAAUUAAUAUUAUUAUUGUUAUUAUUAUUAAAUUAACGCUCUAUUGCUUACUACCGAUUGUAUCAUAUUUAUAAAUUUAAUUAACUUAGUUUUACAACUUAAAGUUGGAAAAAUAGUGUUUAAGCAGGAAACCAUUACCAGUUUAAAUCAGUGAACAUAUUACAGUAAUAAUUAUUAUAAUUAUAUUUAUAACUAUAAUUAUCAUUAAUAAUGUCAUUAUUAUUAUUUUAAUCAUACUUUUGGAGUUGAAAAGAGAUGUUUAGUUGAAGAUAUAAAUCUGUUUUAAAACAGAUGAGAUGUAUCUUAUAUAAAUUAUCAUAAUUAUUGAUUUUAAUAAUUUUAAAAAUGAGAUAAUGUAUUGUUUUUUGUUGUCUGUUGGGGGAUGAGUGCUAGAAAGGAUAUUUUUGAUACUUUCAUAAAUGGGAGAGAACCAGGAUGUGAAAGAUAUAUUGAUAUGAAGUAAAGGAUUUGUCAUUAUGCUGUUGACGCUGUAGUUAUAAUAAAGGUUCUAAUUGAA